ACAAAACACACACAAACAAAAUAACUAGAAAACCUCCAAUAUAUACUGUGAUAUUCACAGUUCUAGCAAUGUUGAACUUCUUGCCGUUCAUGAGUCCACAUUCACAAUGGACUCAACCGGGCGGAGGGAUAAAUCUUGGCUUGCCCAUGGCGAUCGCCGCCUCCAUGGUAGUGUUUACGAUGUUCCAGCAAUUCAUCUACAGUCAUUUCCAACCUUAUGCAGAACGAUUUAUCCGCAAAUUCAUCUCCUCCAUGGACCCAUAUGUCCAAAUCAAAUUCCACGAGGAUCGAAACGAAGGAUCUCCCAAAAACUACGAGGCUUAUAAAGUCAUCGAAACAUACCUCAGCUCCAAAUGCUCUUCUCUCGCGCCUAGACUCAGAGCUAACGCCGUCAAAGACAUCAGCGAACCCGCCUUCUGUAUAGACGACGGCGAAAGUGUCUCCGAUCAGUUUAAUGGAAUCACAUUCUGGUGGCAGUCCCAUCAGGAAACCAGUGCACCCAAUCUUUAUCGUAUGUCUGGAACAAAAACCAGGUAUUACACCCUUACAUUCAGGAGAAUAUGGAGAGACAUGGUGGAAAAGGAGUAUAUCAAGCAUGUCAUGAAGGAGGGGAAGGCUGCAACUGCUAAAAACCGACAAUUGAAGCUCUAUUCAAACAGCUCGGCUGAAAACGGGGCGCAUUGGAAUUACAUAAUGGAUUGUGAAUAUGCUGCAACUUUUGAUACUCUGGCGAUGGAAAAAUUGAAAAAGAAGGAUAUUGUUGAGGAUUUGAUGGCGUUUACUAAUGCGAAAGAGUAUUAUAGGAAGAUAGGGAAGCCGUGGAAAAGAGGGUAUCUUUUGCAUGGACCUCCGGGGACGGGGAAAUCGACGAUGAUAGCUGCGAUGGCGAAUUUGUUGAAGUACGAUGUUUAUGAUCUUGAGUUGUCUGCUGUUAGUAGUAAUGCUUCGUUGAAGAGGCUUCUGAAUCGGAUACCUUGUAAUUCGAUUUUGGUGGUGGAAGACAUUGAUUGUUCUUCCACCAACGUGAUUUCUCGGCCGGUGAAGGGGGAAUUGAUGCCAGGGGAUGAUGAAACAAUGAAGAUGGAGAAAGUGACAUUGUCUGGUAUUCUUAAUUGUUUGGAUGGGUUGUUCUCGGCGAGUGAAGGAGGGCGGCUGACUGUAUUUACGACGAAUCAUGUGGACCAACUUGACUCUGCUUUGAUAAGGAGGGGGAGAAUGGAUAAGCAUAUCUUGAUGUCUUAUUGUGGGUUCGAGGCGUUUAAGGUUCUAGCCUGGAAUUACUUGGGAAUAAUGGAAGAUACAGAGGAGGAACACGAGCUGUUUCCCAGAAUUAGGGAAUUGUUGAAGGAGGGAAAUAUGACACCGGCUGAUGUGGCCGAGAAUUUGAUGAUAAAGAAUACCGCCGGCGCCGGAGAAGAAGCCGUUUAUGAGAGAUUGCAGAAUUUGAUUGGUGCUCUGGAGGAAAAAAUCAAUGAAGCCAAAGAGAGGAAGGACCCACAGAAGAAAACAUGUUCAUUAGACUAGUAUCUUUUGUUUGACUACGUUAUUUGGUUAUUUUACAUAUUUAAUAUAAAAAAAUAUCAAAAUAUUAUUAUGAA